AUGAGUGUGUCUACGCUGGCGUCUUUGGGCAUGGCGAUUGGUGCGCCGCUGGUAUACGCCGACCAGGCCUACUCGAUCUAUCGCAAGCAGGACGCGCGCGGCUUCUCGCACGACGUGUGUGCGGUGCUGCUGCUGGCCAACAUCACGCGCUGCUUCUUCUGGCUCGGCGAGCGGUUCGAAUUCGCCCUGCUGCUUCAGAGCAUCCUCAUGAUCGCCGCACAGCUCGGUCUGCUCUACCUCUGCAUCCGCUUCAAGCCCGUCACGCGCUUUAGCAAGAGCAUCUCCUCCGACGGCGCACGCGUCGUUUUCAACGCCGAUGAAGACCAACAACCCUCGCAACCCUCGCAACCCUCGCAACCCUCGCAAUCGUCGCGAUCAACUACCCAGGACCUCAUGGAUGUGCACGCCGCAGAGCAGGAGCAAGACCAACUGUAUGCGGAUAAGCAACCGCUGCUUGUCACGCUCGGGUCCUUGUUUAGGGGCAACUCGUAUGGUAGACUUUCGUCCACCGACCCGGCGUCUUCGGCAAGCGCCUUGCCACCACCCAACACCACCUCUCGAACGCGCUCGCUCAUGGCAACUCUCAAACCUCCCGGUUCCCGCCCACUCAAUUUCUGGCAGUGGGCCGACUACAACUCGUACCUCGUCUUCCUCGCGCUCUUCUCGCUCCUCCUCCUCGUACUCUACGUCGUCUUGAGCAGCUCAACCACCUUCAUCGCUGUGUUGGGAUACGUGGCGUUGGGACUCGAGUCGACACUGCCGAUUCCGCAGCUUAUCGCCAACCACCGGCGUAAGAGUCUGGCUGGAUUCCGCGCGAGUGUGUUGCUCGGCUGGCUCGGGGGUGACAGCUUCAAGCUGCUCUACUUUGUGCUGCGCAGCAGCCCCGUGCAGUUCACGUCGUGUGCGGCGUUUCAGCUCUCGAUCGACCUGGCUAUCCUCGCGCAGAGCAGCAUGUAUAGGCAGAAUACAGAGCGCGACGAAGAAGCCAUGCGAACCAACGCCGAGCCAAACGCGCAGAGGCAGCGAGCGCAGGACGAAAUCGAAGAGGAUCAAGCGGUCCCAUCCACGCCAAAGACCAAGAGCAAGCAAAAACAACAGCCAAAGCCAAAGGUGGCGAGUGAGGAGGACGAAUUGUUGGAUCCUCACCACGUCAUCGCCAUCGAGGCAGACGAUGAAGGCGAUAUCUCCAACAGCCGCACCUAA